UCCUACGCCUAAAUACAGUUUGGUGUUACGUCAUAGGUUUAGGAGCAUAUACGGGUCACAUGACAAUAAAACAUAGGGGGAUGCAGUACGUUCAUAAAUCUAUUCAUACUAUACAGAACGUACGUGUUGAACGGUCGAUAGGUUAAUUCAGAUGUGGAACGCAUUAUUUAUAACUCCUAAUCUAUGGAGCACGUACCCUGGACUUUGAUCAAGUUAACAGGCAACGGAGAGUUUUAAUAGUGUCCAGAGUCUCCUCAUGACAGACCCACAGCCAUCCGUACUACUCAACACCGGGACGCGGAUGCCUCUGUUGGGACUGGGGACAUUUCAUUUGCAAGGUCAAGAGGACACCAACAAUGCUGUAGAUGCUGCUUUGGCAGCAGGUUACCGUGCUUUUGACACGGCUGCAGUGUACCAUAAUGAGACACAUGUGGGUCAUGCCCUUCGUUGUCUGCUGCCCAAGCACGGUCUAUCACGAGAGGAUGUUUUCAUAACCAGUAAACUAGGUCCCAAGGAUCAGGGCUCCAAAGCCAGGGAUGGCUGCCUGAGGAGCCUGGAGCAGUUGGGACUAGGCUACAUCGAUCUAUAUCUUAUUCAUUGGCCAGGUACACAGGGGAUGCCAGUGGGGGAUAAACGUAACCCUGAAAACCGUGCUCAGAGCUGGGAAGUUUUGGAGGAGUUUUACUCCGAAGGAAAGUUUCGGGCCAUUGGGGUCUCUAACUAUACUGUAGGUCACAUAAAAGAGCUUCUGAGGAGCUGUAAAGUGCCUCCAGCUGUUCUCCAGGUUGAGUUCCAUCCAAAGCUCGGGCAAAAGGAGCUGAGGGCAAUGUGUAAGGAAACAGGGGUGUGUUUUCAAGCCUACUCUUCUCUUGGAACAGGGCUUCUUCUGUCAGAUGCUGUUGUUCAGGAUGUAGCAAAAGAGAGUGGCAGGACAUCAGCCCAGGUGUUGCUGAGGUGGGCAUUGCAACAGGACAUUCCAGUCAUUCCAAAAUCACGUCAGCCUGAACGUGUGAAGGAGAAUGGUUGUCUUUUUGACUUUGAGCUUAGUGGAAAAGACAUGGAAAGGAUCUCUGCUCUUGAUUGUGAAAAAAAGUUUUGCUGGGAUCCAACACAAGUGUCCUGACAGAGAUUAAUGUGAUGUGAGAACUCAAGUCACCAAGUUCAACAUCAAAAUUCCAAGAUUGUUUAACUGUCAUUGCGAUAAGUGCCACAACACAAAUUUGAGUUCUCUAACAUAUACUAUAUAAACUGAUUUUGAUUGUUAGUUUAGAGACUCAUGGCUUUCAAAUUUAACUAUAGGACAGAAGUUCACACAAUACAAGUAUAUUAGCCUGACUUAUGUUUCAGUUGGCAAACUCAGUAAUGCUGAUUAGAUUUAGUUCAAGGUGCAGCAUAUGUUUACAAUUUCUAAUGCAAACAAAAAUGUACAGAGCAUGACUAAUGCAGAUUCUACAGAGAUUGUUACGUACAGUAUGUUUUUAAUAUUCAUACAUUUCAAUAUAACAAAAACAGAACAUGUACCUCAAGUAUUGGGGUAAAAAGGAUUUUAUUAGGCUCUAAUAUUACUAGGUAAAAACAUUAAAUUACAAAGAAAAGUAAUAAAAAACAUUCAUAAAUGGUUUUGUCAUUUUCAAGUAAUACCAGUUACGAUGACGCUCCUAUUCUUGGUUUUUGGAUCUCAAGAACUUAAAAAUAUGUAGUUGUGGGUAUUUAAAUCCAUUUUUGUUGUUUUGUCAAUUUGCUUUGGUAGACCAUCGCAAAUUAUUAUCACUCCAAUAAAAAAUGAAAGGGU